UGAUUUCUAGCGUUUCAAACACAAAAAUCAGUUUGCUUGAAUAAGUCGCAUUUCUUGCGGUACUAUUUUUAAAUGGAGUAGUUGACGAAUAGAGCGAAAACUUGUGUUUAAUUGUUCUCCAGCGAUAUAAGUCCAAAAUUGAAGUAAACAAACUUUCUCAAUUAUUAAUAUAAAAGUGCAUGAAGUUUGGCCUUUUAGUUUCCAUAAGAAAACCAAAAACGAAAUGACUUUAGAUUUCAUUGGCAAAUCAAGCGAAUCGGCGAAAAACUCGCAAACUCGAUCCACCAUCUCACAUGGCAAUGCAAACGCAAGGACACUUAGAGAUGAGCCUUUGGAUUUAACUGAUGUAAUCGAAGACCAUGAAAAGGAACUCAAUAGACGUGAACUGUACUCCUUGGAAUUUCGAAAUUUUGCCAAUUCUUCAAAAGAUCAAAAGUCAAAUGUUUGGAUUAAUCGUCGACAGACAACGAAAACAUCUGAUGGGAUCAAGGCUUCAGCAGAACCCGAUGGUGGAAAUCCGAAUAUGAUAAAUAACCCCCCAUCUACGAUUGGAAAGAAGGAAGACACAAAUAAGAAAAAAGAGGGAAUGAUGACAGAGAAAAUGUUUCUAAGACGUGAAUCUUAUUUGACAGCCCUUUCGAAAGUGACUCACAUAAAGACUAUUUAUCACAUAUCAUAUGUCAUAUUUUUCGUAUAUUUAUUGAAUAACAUCAUCAACGAUUAUUGCAUGAGAGGCAGUGUCAGAUUUGGAUUGGAUACCAUUAAGUUGGGCUUUCGUGAUAUCCAUUAUGCUUUUGGAGUAUGGAUUUUACAAAAAGCAUUUGUUUGUAGCUUAUAUUACAAUAUACGCAUUUGGUGGAACAUUAGAGCAAUAUUUCUUGAGAAUGGAUCUUUGCAGCGGCUAUGGUCCUUAUCAUGCCUUCUCGCUUACAUCACAUCCCAAGUAACAUUUAUUUAUAUACCUAGCAAAAUAUGCCAAACAUGGAAUCUACCUUUUGCUACCACCGCAGCGCUGUUGUUAGAAACGUGUAGAAUGCUUAUGAAAAUGCAUGCGUAUACGCGAACCAUCUGCGCAAGAUUGUCGCAUAGAGAUACGAAAGGAAAACUGGACCAGAGCAUGCCAACUUUUGGGAAAUAUUUGUAUUAUUUAUUUGCCCCAACAUUUCUUUACCGUGAUAGCUACCCUAGAACUUCGCAUAUUCGUUGGAAAUUCGCUGUCGCCCGCUUCACUGAGUGUGUGUGCAUCACAUUUCUCUUCAGUUUCAUUCAUGAGAAUCAGCUUAGACCAUAUUUGGCUAAUUCUGGAAAGGAAGAAUUGCUUGCGUCGUUUUAUAUGCAACGUUUUUUUGAUAUACUUGCACCUUGUAUGUUAAUACUGUUGGGUACUUUUUAUUUAAUACUCCAUGCUUGGCUAAACUUCACCGCCGAGCUGCUUCGCUUUGGUGAUCGAAUGUUUUGUCGCGAUUGGUGGACAGCUAGAAAUUACGAUUCCUAUUUUCGUGAUUGGAAUGUCGUGGUUGGUGACUGGUUUUAUGAGUUAAUCUACAAGGAUUUGUACUUACACGUCUUUAAGGGAUCGAAAAACGCUUGUCUCCUCGUCGUAUACCUACUAUCAGCUUUAAUGCACGAAUUUUUCCUGAUUUAUGGCUUGAAAAUGUUCUUUCCCGUAUUGUUUGUUUUAUUUUGUGGCUUUGGAGUUGCCUGCAUUUUUAUAACACGCCGUCUUUCUGCAUCUUGGGGAAAUUUAUUCUUUUGGACCACUUUAACCUUUGGCAAUGGCAUAAUGUUUUUCUUGUACUAUUUGGAAUAUUACACGAGCCAAAACUGUCCCAAGGAAUCCUAUAAAAGUUGGUCAGACUUUUUAAUUCCACAUUUAUGGAGCUGUUAUGCGAAAUAAAGAUUUUAUGUCCAGAAAACA